AUGGCCACAGAGCAGUCGCCAUCCUCCCCAGUCACAUGCACCAUCCUCACAGUCGCCAUCCUCCGCAGUCACAUCCACGUCCACCCUGUGCACGAGCACACAUGCAUGCACACUGCCCCGUAUCUCUCCUACAACGUUCCUGCCCAGCAGAAAACGAGCAAGGGCCCAGUGAAGAGGGUGAGUCACCAGCAAGUUGCUCCCAAGGCCAGGCCGUGGCUAGGCCCAGGCGCGGGCCCUGGAUCUCCCGCUCCCCGGCUCCCUCCUACCCUUGGGGCCAGCAGUCACCCGGAAGUGUCACAAAGGCCACUCCCGGGGCCAAUGAGGAGGCUGGCCCGGGUGCUAGGAGGCGGAGGCCCGUACUGGUCGCUACACGCCGUGGCUUCGCGUCGUGGCUUCCGAUCGAGCUGCGUGGAGCCACAUCUGCGCUGCACGCAGGAAGCCGGAGAGCUUCUCACCCAACGCCUGCCCAGCAUGUCGGAGCGGAGGAACCAUCGAGGGUCCUUGUGUUGCCUCAGGAGGCGGGCCCGCUCCCACACUCCCCGAGCUGAGGUGACAUGCUCCUUGAGCCUGAUGGAGCAUCUUCUGCGGGAGGGUCACUACACCCAAUGCCACAGCGCCUCCGCACCCGUUUUCCUAGCCGCCAUCGUGGAGUACCUGACCACCAAGAACCUCCUGGAGCUGGCAGGCAAUGAGGCCCACAACCUUGGCAGGAAGCACAUCACCCCAGACCUCAUGGACACGUCUGUGCUUAACAACGUGCUGCUGAGCGGCUUCUCUGGGUCCACGACCUAUAUCACAAGUCGCCCCAGGCCAGGAGUAGCUGCUCACAACCUGGCCCGGUCCCGGGGCCUCACUCUUCCACCCGGCCCACCCAUCCAGCCUUCCAUCCACCCUUCGGUCCACCCGCCCAUCCGUCCACCCAUCCACCCACCCACCCACCUGUCCACCCUUCCAUCCACCCAGCCGUCCGCAUAA